AUAAGACAACACCUUUACAAUUUAAAGGUGUUGUAUAUAAUGAGAUGAAAGGACAGAUGUCAGACGCAGGAUACUUGUAUUAUUCCCAAGUUCAACAAUCUAUGUAUCCAGGAACAGCUUAUGGAUAUAAUAGUGGUGGUGAACCAAAGAACAUCACAGAUUUAACGCAUCAAGAACUUUUAGAUUUUCAUAAAUCUCAUUAUCAUCCAAGCAAUGCAAAAUUUUAUACAUAUGGCAACUUUCCAUUGGAAAAUCAUUUGAUGGCUAUUAACAAUAAAAUUAAAGAUUUUACAAAAUUGAUUCCUAAUAAAGGAAUUAAAAUAGUUAAAUCAUUUGAUAAACCUCGAAGAAUAGUUUUUAAAGGACCUAAUGAUCCAAUGAAUAAUCCCGAAAAACAGACAAAAAUGUCUAUCUCUUUUCUUACAAAUGAUAUAACAGAUGUUGUUGAAACUUUUGCUUUGAGAUUAUUUGCAUAUCUUCUUUUAGACGGCCAUGCAUCACCAAUGUAUAAAGCUUUAAUUGACACAAACAUAGGAUCGGAUUUUUCAGAAAAUACUGGAUAUGAUUCAUCUACAAGAAAAGUUCUUGAAGAUAUUCAUCGGAAUGGAUUUGAUUCAAAACGAAUUGAAGCAGCCCUUCAUCAAACAGAAUUAGGAAAAAAACAUAAAAUAGAAAUUAUAAAAGAAAGGAUAAAAAGUGAACCAUUCUUUCAGAACCUGGUGGAAAAAUAUUUCUUGUCAAAUCUUCACACUCUUACCUGUAUAAUGGAACCUGAUCCACGCUAUACUGACGAAUUAAAUCGAGAAGAGGAGGAUAGAUUAUCUUCAAAAACCUCUGCUCUCAAUGAAUCAGAAAAGAACAAAAUUUAUGAACAAUCUAUUGAACUAAUUGAAAAACAAGAUGCCGAAGAGGAUUUAUCGGUUUUACCAAGUUUACGUGUUUCAGAUAUAUCGCGAGAAAUGAAACGGAUUCCGUUAGAGCAUCAUGUUUUGGAAGAUUGUCCGAUACAAUGGCGAACUACUGCAACUAAUGGGAUUACGUACUUUAGGAUGAUAAGUAAAAUCGAUGGAUUACCGGAUGAGUUAAAAAUUUAUUUACCUUUAUUUGCUCAGGCGUUGACAUCGUUAGGAACAAAGGCAAGAUCUAUGGCUGAAAUAGAUGAUGACAUUCGUCUUUACACUGGUGGUAUUAACGCAUCACCCUUUGUAUCUACCAAUCAUUCUG